AGCCAUUCUUGAAACAUUUACAACAUAACAGAUGCCACCUUCGUGACUGUUUCUUUUGCAGGGGCUUUGUCAGUGUAGACUCAACCUAAUGUAGUAAGUGUAGAGUUGAUGGCUUGUCCAUAAUGUCCCGGUAACACUUCCGUUUAAACUGUUCACAAAUGUCAUGCGAUUGUGAACAACCCAGAAGCCACAGCGCAGCGGUAGUUUUGGAUUUGAAGAUGGGGGACGAUUUAGGUGAUGACUGGUGGGAACAAAAGGGCAAUUCGGAUUCCCCCGUGGGAGAGGAGAGUGAAGAACCGGAGAAACAGCCCACAGAGCAAGCAUCCCCACGGGAGAAGAAAGGAAAGAAGAGGAAGAGUGUAAUAGAAACCCCAGUCCCGGUCAAGAAGAAGACUGCACUGAAAUCACAGACUGAGUGUUUUAUGGCUCAGGAGAAGAAAGAGGAUGACGGAGAAAAAAAGCCCAAGAAAAAGAGAAAGAAGAAGAAGAAGACUAUCACAGACGUCCUCGCCACCUCGGACCCCAAACCGGGCUCUCCAGUUGACCUUCAGAGCCUGGUUCUAGAACACUUCAAAGACAAACGCUCCGUCAUCGAGCUGGAGGAGCUCAAACUACAGGAGUCCUGCUUCGUGAGGAGUAAUGACCUCACACACAGCCUCUCCUCCUACCUGAAAGAAAUUUGUCCCAAAUGGGCUAAGGUCCAGAAGCAGCACACAGAGAAGAGUUCUGUGGUUCUGCUCAUCGUCUGUAGCGCCGCGCUAAGAGUCAUCGAGCUCAUCAAACAGUUAACCACCUUCAAGGGAGAGGCCAAAGUGCUGAAGCUGUUUGCAAAGCACAUCAAGGUAGAGGAGCAGGUGAAGCUCCUACAGACGGGGGUGACACACAUUGGGGUGGGGACGCCAGGGAGACUGAGCGCCCUCAUUGAGAAAGAGGGUCUGACCCUGCCUCCCCUGCGUUUCCUGGUUCUGGACUGGAACUGGAGAGACCAGAAGCUUCGCAGGAUGGUGGAUGUUCCUGAGGUCAAAGGUGACUUGUUGAAGCUGCUGGAUAUGGGAAUCUUGAAAGGAUGUAGGGAAGGAAAAGUGAAAGUGGGACUGUUCUGAUACAACCACACACCUAGUGCCAUAAUCUGCCAUUUUAUUUGAUCUCAUUUACAACUGGCCAAGAUAAAGCAAAGCAAAAACUUCACAUGGACACAAGUUACACAUGGAAUAAAAUAAAGUAUAGUCAAUAACAAUAGAAAAGUCUAUAUACAGUGUGUGCAAAUGGAGUAAGGAGGUAAGGCAAUAAAUAGGCCAUAGUAGCAAAGUAAUUCAAAUUUAGCAAAUGAACACUGGAGUGAGAGAUGUGCAGAUGAUGAUGUGCAAGUAGAAAUACUGGUGUGCAAAAGAGCAAAUAAAAACAAUAUGGGGAUGAGGUAGGUAGAUUGGAUAGGCUAUUUACAGAUGGGCUGUGUACAGCUGCAGCAAUUGGUGAGCUGCUCAGAUUGCUGAUGCCAUAUACUGAGAUAGAAACACACACCUAGUGCCAUACACUGCUAUAUACUGACAUACAAACACACACACAACCAAGUCAGACUGGACCUCUUCUCAUCAUGCUCUUGUUCACACGCGUGCACAAACACUCACACGCAACAAAGUUUAUUAGGGCCCCUCAAACCAAUCCUGUCUCCAUAACAGACCGACUGCUGGACAUUUCAACCAUCUACCCGAUCCUGUUUUUACCCUCUCCCUCUGUGACACUGUGUUCUUGUUCUAUUUUAAGUGACAUGUAAAAUAUCUGAUAUGGUUUAUACAGUGUUGUAGUUCAACAAUAACACAGCCCUCUGUGUGACACAGCCAAACUGUGUGAUGGUUUGAAUAAAGACAUUUGAAUGGAA